UUUACCGGAAGCAAACCAAAAUAAGACUGGUGGGAUGCUGACUUCCAUCCUCCCAUCUCCUCGGGAAACCAAAAACUUGACUUCUGUUGAGUGUUUUAACUCCCCCAGCGGGAUGUCUUUCCCCUCAGCUUUCAGUGCGCAGGUGGCCGCCAUUAUGGACGCUCUGGCCAAAGCUGCUGCGGCUGAAAUAUCGAUGCUAUUGGAGGAGGGCAGCGUGGCUCUGCGGCUGGAGGUGAGCAGGAGGGACAGUGAGAUACAAGAGCUGCGGAGCAGCCUGAAGAGGAUGGAUGCUGAGCUCCAGAAAGCGCAGGAAGCUGCUGCGAGGCGAGUUACAGCCGAGAAGCAGGUGCAGACCCAGGAGCCGUGGAGAGAGAUAAAGGAACAUGAAACAGAUGGAGCAUACCCUGAAGAACAACCUGCUGCUUCCCUUUGUGAGCCUCACAUCAGUCCAGCUGUGAAACAAGAAGUUGAGCUUCACUUCGAUGAAACAGCCGAGCACGCAGCGAGAGACGCAGCAAACGGAGGCGACCCCAUCUGGCCCGUCUGUGAUGUGUUUGAGAACAGCUCUGUCGCCCUCCAGCAGCAGAUUUUUCCCUCUAAUGUCGAAGAGUAUCCUUCCUCCAGAGACGUGCAGAGUUCAUAUCCAUCCUCGGCAACCGAAGGAGCAGACGACUGCUUUACGCUGCCCAUAAAAGCAGAGAUCUCUGCGCUUCCUGAGUCUGGUUACACAGACACUUUGCAUGGUGGCGUCAUCCAGGGGGGUUGUAUGGAGUCUGCAGGACCGUCAGCAGCUUUGCCUCAUGCCCAGGAGUCCACAGCAGGAGCAUCAGAAGCAAAUGAAGAAAAUAUUAACAACAAAAUCAACGGCAGACCAAAAAGAUUAAUGACUGCGUGGAGAGCAAAUCAGAGCGUCUACAUCUGCUCAGUUUGCAACAAGGGUUUCCUUCGCCUGUCUCAGCUGGAGGAGCACAAGAGCAGCCACCAGUCCUCCAAACCUUUCAGGUGCCUUGAAUGUGGGAAGUCUUUCACCCAGAAGACCCGGCUAAAGACGCACCAGAGGGUCCACACGGGAGAGAGGCCGUUCAGCUGCAGCAUCUGCGGCAAGAGGUUCUCCAGGCAGGAUAACUGCAUGAGGCACGAGCGCUUCCACAGCGGGCUGAAGCCGUUCAGCUGCAGGCAGUGCGGCAAGAGCUUCACUGUGCUGGGAAACCUCAAAAUCCACCAGGUUAUCCACCUGCGGGGAAGGUAGCGCUUAAAACCAACUUUUAGCAGUUUAGCAGAAAAUGUCGACUUUAUUUAUUAAAUGUAAUAAUAAUUUACAAUGCAGAAAUCAGAUUCAGACGAGGAAUGGACAAUAUGUCUGCAAUCUUUUAAAAGAAAGGUUUAGAUAAGGAAUAAAAGGCAGAUUUUUGUCUUGAUUUUAGUCGAUCCUGUUGAUGUAUAACCUUGUUUUGUCUGGAUGUUGCUCAUUAUUGACUUUUUAAAUACACGGAUUUCAUUAAAAACCUUUAGUACUUUGUAAAGCUUUGGUCUCAGUGCUUUUUCUCUUAAUAUAGACUUUCCUUU